CAUAUCCUUCCUGUUGCCUUCAUCUCAAUUCUACUCAAUAUUCCAAGAUUUUUCGAGACGGAGUUGAUUUAUGCUGAAGAUUGUCUAGAAGAAGAGGAGACGGAUAAUGGAUGCUCUAACCAAUGGAUCCUGACCUACAAGAUCACCGAGCUCAGGCUGAACCCUGAUUAUGUCAGGUUCUACAUGAACUGGUGCCAGCUGACCCUCACCAGCAUCCUUCCAGUCCUUCUUCUAAUCUACUUCAACAUAAAGAUAUACCGGGGGAUAAAAUACAGCCAUAUCCGGAGUGGGAACAGAGCAAAGCACGAGGCAGGACUGGCGAUCAUUCUUCUCUGUAUAGUAUUUGUGUUUAUAAUCUGUCAAAUACCGAGGGUCAUUCUCAACACGCAGGAGAUAGUCAGGAUGGAAGAUAUAAUCAGAUGUAAGGAGGAAUUCAACCCUCCAGCAUGGUUUCACUGUACUGCAAGUCUCAAUCACCUUAUGCUCGUGUUUUCAGCUUCAAGUAACUUCUGGAUAUAUCUACUGCUCAGCAAACGGUUCAGGGGUAAGAUGAAGAAUUUAAUGCUUAGGUUAGUUUGUCUUCCUGAGAUUGCAGAAGUUAAGAUUAGCAGCAGUGGAAAUGACGUGUCACUACAAAAGACAAUUCAGAACCAAGAGCUAGAGAUGGUUGAUCUGUCUGCUCCAAACUCGGCAUAAAUAAAAAAUUCCCACCACUCAAAACUCUGGUUCAUUUGAAGUACCGUACCGACUGAAGAGCAAGUAGUACAUUGUAUGUACAGAACAGACUAUAUGAUGACCAAACUGGACAGUACAUCGAAGAGAUCCUCCGCAUUGAUUAAUAACAAUACAGAUUUCAGGGUUUUUAGUUAACAAAAACCAUGAGGCAGAUGCUCAAAAAAAGUUACGUGCAUUCUCUCUCUGUAUCUUGUAAAUCAACGAUAUCUGCGCGGAACUCCUUUGGGCUUCCGCCUCACGGUUAUUGUGAACGAAAAACUUGAAAACUUGUUAUUUAUCUAUGAUCCCCUUCUAGGGAAGUAAUUGUGCCACUAAUCUUGGCAAAUUUCUAAUUUUUAUUUACCAACAGAAGUUUUUCAUAGUUGACGGAAAAUUUCGUUGUCUGCCAAUUUAACUAUUAAUAAUAAACGAAAGAUUAAUUUAGUUAAGGAUUGAAGCCCAACCCCAACCAUAUUUCUUGAACACUGACAA